AUGCCCCGCUCAGAAGAAGCAGAAUGGUGGGCCAAUGCAGUCUACGAGGCUGUCCAAGAAGUCCCCCGAGGCAAAGUCACAAGCUACGGGCAUAUCGCACUUCUACUGGGCGAACCCCAACGCCCUCGUCAAGUUGGAGUCUGUCUAAAGGUCCUCCCAGCGGCAGAGUCCGGCCAACAUUUCAACUCAAAUACCGUACCCUGGCAACGAGUGAUCAAUUCAAAAGGGAUGAUAUCGCAUCGCGGACCGGGCAGUGCAGCCCGCCAAGCAGAGGCGCUAGCGGAAGAAGGCGUGGAAACGACUACGGACAGCAUGGGCGACAUAUAUGUUGAUCUCUCGAAAUACGGAUGGUUUCCAGAGCAGCUUCCCAGCGAGGAAUCGUGA